AUGCCCUCCAAAAAACCCAAUCUCGUAAUCUUCAUGCCCGACCAACUCCGCUACGACAGCCUCUCCUGCACCUCGACUCCCAAAACCACCUUCCUCAAAACUCCCAACAUCUCCUCCUUCGCAUCCCGAGGCACUAUCUUCACAAACUGCUUCACCCAAGCCUCCGUCUGCUCCCAAUCCCGCUGCAGCAUGUUCACCGGAACCUACCCGCACGUCAGCGGCCACCGCAGUCUCGAAAACCUCAUCAAACCCUGGGAACCCAACCUCUUCCGUAGCCUAAAAGAAAACGGCUAUCAUGUUGCUUGUCUCGCGCCCCGCGGUGAUACCUUCGCGCCUACUGUUACAGAGCUCUCCGUAGAUGAGUACGGGUUCCUCGAGACACCCGAAUUCGUACCCCGAUUCUCGGGUGAUAAGGCCAAUGAUUCCAAGGAUGAGAGUAUCUGGGGCCGACUUUUCUACAAGGGAUUGAGGAAUGCGGCCGAGGCAAGCGAUUACGAUGAUGCCGUUGUACGGUCUGCGUUGCGGUGGCUAGAGUGUCCGCCUCAGGAUAAGCCCUGGGUCCUCUUUAUGCCGUUGAUUUUCCCGCAUUGUCCGUUUCAGGUUGAGGAGCCUUACUUUUCGCUGUAUGAUCGGGAUAUCAUCCCCGAGCCUGGGGCUGCGCCGGGGGAGAAGACCGGGUAUGAGCCGCGGUAUAUGCAGGUGAUUCGGGAACGGUACGGGACUGGACGGGCGACAGGGGAGAUCUGGCAGGAGCUGAAGGCGACAUAUUAUGGGAUGAUAUCCAGAUUGGAUGAUCAGUUUGGACGGGUGGUUGGGAGGUUAGAUGAAUUGGGGCUGUGGGAUGAUACCAUUACUAUGUUUUUCACUGAUCAUGGUGAGUAUCUAGGUGAUCAUGGAUUGAUUGAGAAGUGGCCGUCUGGACUGUCCGACUCGCUUGUGCACGAGCCGUUGAUUAUUGCCGGUAGAGGACUACCCCAGGGUCAGGUUUAUACUGGCAUGGCGGAGAUGGUGGAUCUUGUGCCCACUGUUCUUGAGCUUUGUGGUAUCCCUGAGCAGUUUCCGCAUAAUGGGCGGUCGUUGGUUCCUGUCCUACGGGAUCCGAGUCUGGGGCAUAAGGAGUAUGCAUUUAGUGAGGGUGGGUUUCUGACGGCUGAGGAGCCGUUGCUUGAACAAGCUCCUUAUCCGUAUGAUAUUAAGGCUGCAUUGCAGCAUGAGGAUACGACGCUGGUUGGGAAGGCGGUUAGUAUUCGUUCGUUGGAGUGGACGUUUGUCUAUCGGUUAUAUGAGCCGGCGGAACUGUAUCAUCGGCAACGGGAUCCGGAAGAAAUGCAUAAUCUGGCUGCGGAGCCGAAGUAUGUGCCUGUGGCUAGGAUGUUGGAGGCGGAGGUGUUGAGAUGGUUGUUCGAGUCGUCGGACUUUUUGCCGUGGACAAAGGAUACGAGGUUUCCUGAGGUGAAGCUGAAGUCACCGAAAGAGCAGUUGGAGGAGCGGUUGCGAAUGAGAUAUCCUGGAGAGAGCAAUUAG